CCUAAACACAGCUAACUGGUCACAGUCAAUCAGAGUUCUACUGUCCUAUUCAGUCAUGUGUUCAGAUCGGACUUCUGUACAGGCGGCCCAGAAACCCAGUACACCUGGGACAUCGAAUGGACUUGAUAAGCUGAGUCGUUUGGAACAGAUGGAGCAAGCGGAGUCACUGGACAGAGAGGACCCCAGAGAAUACUGCCAUGGGGGGUACCACCCUGUUCACAUUGGAGACACCUUCAACAGGAGAUACCAGGUUGUGUCUAAGUUGGGCUGGGGUUACUUCGCCACUGUUUGGCUCUGCUUGGAUCUCAGGUUGGGCAGGCGAGUGGCCGUGAAGGUUUUGAAGAGUGGAGAAGGAUUCACACAGGCUGGGCAAGAUGAACUGACUCUGCUACGUUGUGCCAGUGGUCCCACGGCUCGUCACCCAUACAGCCGGAGAAUAGUCCAACUGCUGGAUGAGUUUAAGAUAGCUGGGGUCAACGGAGUCCAUGUAUGCUUGGUGCUGGAGCUGUUAGGACCAGACCUCUGCUGUUGGCAGGUCUGUUUUGGGAACCCAGGACUAUCGCUUUCUUGGGUCAAACAGGUCAUUGCUCAGGUUCUUCAGGCAUUUGACUACCUGCACACUCAAUGUAAAAUCAUCCACACAGACAUCAAGCCUGAAAAUAUACUGCUUUGUUUGGAGGAGCAGAACCCAAAACAGACUGCAGGGGGCAGUGCAUGUCCUCCAUUCCCUGGGAAGUCGAUGAGUAGAGCAGAGAAGGACCUGGUGACUCCCAUCAGUCUGGAGGACGUCACAGUAAAGAUUGCUGACCUGGGAAGCUCCUGUUGGGUGUACAAGCAUUUCUGUGAGGAGAUCCAGACCUGUCAGUACCGCUCACUAGAGGUUCUACUGGGCUCUGACUACGGCCCACCAGCAGACAUCUGGAGUGUAGCCUGCUUGGCGUUUGAGUUGGUCACUGGAGAUUCAUUGUUUGAGCCCAAAGCUGGGAAGACCUUUUCCUUAGAGGAAGACCACAUCGCUCAUAUAAUUGAACUCCUUGGCAAAAUCCCAGCAGCAGUAGCCUUGUCUGGGAAAUAUUCAGUGGAGUACUUCAAUCGCAGAGGUGAAAUGAAUCGUAUCGAGGUGCUGCGGUCCUGGUGUUUGUAUGAGGUGCUAGUGGAGAAAUACAACUUCCUGCUGAAGGAGGCCUCUCUGUUCUCUGACUUCCUGUUGUGCAUGUUGGACUUCCAGCCCAAGAGGAGGGCCAAUGCUGCCCAGUGUCUCCUGCACCCAUGGCUUAGCUCCUGAGCCCUGGCCUUGGAGACCUGAUAGCCCCUCCUGUGAGCCCCCCCCUAACCCUAACCCUAACCCUAACCCUAACCCUAACCCUAACAUCUGCUAACCAUGUGUAUGCGGCAAAUAAAAUUUGAUUUGAUUCGUUAGUGUACCUGCAGAAACAAACUGAAUGGAGCUCAGUCGAUAAGACUAGGAGAGGAUAUACGUAAUCGUAGUAGGAAUGGUUGUUGCAAAUACAUAGAGAACAUAAAGGGAAUUUAAAUAUUUCAUACAUAUAUAUGCUUGUAAAUUCAAAGUUAUUAUUAUUUUUCCAUUAAAAGUUCCCUCUGACAUGGCCCCGAGGUUCAUCUUCCAUACCUACUACUGUCUUCUAACAUAACAUCUAGCUCAGGGGUGGGCAAACGUUAUGGCUCGAGGGCCACAUGGGCCACAUGGGGAUUUUGAAAUUCAACAGAGGGACGCAUUUUUUGGGGGACCAAUUGUUUGUUAAAAUCAAUUUGUGGGGGCAUCCUGAGUGGUGCAGCGGUCUAAGGCACUGCAUUGCAUUGCUUGAGGCGUCACUACAGACCCAGGUUCGAUCCCAGGCUGUGUCACAGCUGGCCGUGACUGGGAGACCCUUGAGGUGGCGCACAAUU